AUGCUUCGGAAGAACGCAUUGUCACUGGUGAACAUCAAGAAACGAUUCAGGAUUUCAAUGAGUGAUUUUGGAGAUUCCAGCGAUUCUCGAGAGCCCGGAAACUUCAAAAAACGUCUGUCGACACCCAAUCUGUCCUCUAGGGCUGUGGACGAGUCGGGGGAGCCAGCCGCGGACGUGGAACUUAAGAAAAAGAAGAAGCCAUGUGUGGGUGAACUGCGGGACAGUGCUGGGUUCAAAAUGAAAGUUCAGGAAUCGAACCAUCUUCGCAAUAAGCAGGUGGAUCCCGAAUACGAAGUUAAAAUUGAAGGUCCGUUACGCAAAGUUGUGCCAUACCACUUCACAUACAAAACAUUCUGCAAGAUGCGGUGGCGCGAUCGGCCUCUCAUUGAUAUUUUUGUAAGCGAAUUCCGUGAUCGCGAGGAAUCUUACUACAGAAAAACCAUCGCCAAGGGCUCCGUUAUAUUAAACGAUAAACCGGCAAAUUUGGAAUCGAUUGUGCGAAACGGCGACCUGAUAAUGCACAAGAUUCAUCGUCACGAACCUCCCGUGACGUCUCGGCCCGUUAAAAUCGUCUUCGAGGACAAAGACAUUCUUGUUAUCGAUAAGCCCAGCGGCAUUCCCGUACAUCCAACUGGUAGGUAUCGUUUUAACACGGUGACCAAAAUUCUGCAACGGCAAAUGGGCAUUGCAGUGCACCCGUGCAACAGACUCGAUCGACUCACAAGCGGGCUCAUGUUUUUGGCCAAAACGCCCGCCGGCGCGGACCGUAUGGCUACACAGCUUAAAGCCCGCGAGGUCAAAAAAGAAUACAUAGCUCGUGUCGUUGGGAAAUUCCCAGUCGAAACUGUGACAGUUUUAAAGCCACUACGCUGUGUCGAGCCCCGGCUCGCACUCAACGCCGUGUGCGAAUCCAAUGACGAAGGAGCCAAGGAGGCCGAAACGGUUUUCACACGCGUCAGCUACGAUGGUCAUACCAGUUUGGUGAAAUGUCAACCACACACUGGGAGAACACACCAGAUUCGGGUCCACUUGCAGUGUCUGGGACACCCGAUCGCAAACGAUCCGUUGUACUCCAAUCCGCAGGUUUGGGGACCGACUUUGGGGAAGGGACAAAUUGACGACUUUUCUAAUGUCAUUAAGGCAUUAUCAGAAAUCGGGAAAACGGAAUGUGCAGAGAGCUGGUUUCAUCCGGAUUCUCAUGGUGAACUUUUGUUAGGCGAAAAAUGCGCCGAGUGCGAAACUGACUUGUAUACGGAUCCUGGUCCCAAUGACCUAGACCUGUGGUUGCACGCAUACUGCUACGAGUCCACUGAAUUUAAUGAUCAGGGCUCAAGGUUGUGGAGUUACAAAACAGAGUUUCCAGACUGGGCUUUGCAGCCACAUCGCCAAUUCAUGGAGCUAGCGCUACAGGAAGCGCAAAAAUGCGGUCCCACAACGACCGCUUUUAGCGUAGGAGCAGUUCUAGUGAGCGGUGAUCGUAUAUUGGCAACCGGACACUCAAGAGAGCUUCCGGGCAACACCCAUGCAGAGCAGUGUGCACUUGACAAGUAUUUCGAAGCUACAGGGCUCACUCAUGUCCCUUCUGGAAGCGUACUUUAUACAACCAUGGAACCAUGCUCGUUACGUUUGAGUGGCCAGUUGCCCUGUGUCGACCGGAUCUUGGCCCAGGACAGAAACAUUCGUACUGUGUUCGUUGGUGUUAUGGAACCUGAUACGUUCGUGCAGAAUAAUACCAGUCGGGCAAAACUCUCUCAGCGUGAAAUUGACUAUGUUUUGAUACCUGGUUAUGAAAGUGCCUGUACAACCGCUGCAUUCAAGGGUCAUGACGCCAAAGGAAAAAAUUAA